AUGACACACUGCGUUGCAGCUGUUUCGGGGUAUUGCACCGCCUUUGCCGGCUUCGAAUGCAUCGUUGACUUCUCGUCCAAUGCAACCCAGCGUACUAUAUAUCCAACCCUCGCUGCUGCUAUGGGCUGUCCACUGUCGAAGAAUGAACAGACCAGGCUGAACAUAUAUAAACACAUCAAUCAUCGCACCCUCUCGUGUCUCUUCAUUUCCGAAGAUUGGCGCUUGAGCUUUCCUCCCCGCAACAAUUUCGAGCUUCGCCUUGAUUCGCUCAAUAUGGCUCUUUCGCUGUUUCUGCUAUACUUCUUGCUCUGUGCUACUGAAGUCUUGAGCUUGGGCAAUGUUAUCGUACGUGACUUAGAGCCUGAUGACACAAUGCUGUCCGAGCGACGAUUGAGAGCAGCUAAACGAAGCCAUGAGCUUGGCGCUCGUGAUGUCGAAGGUUUUCUCCAAUAUGACCACAACUUGCACUACUUGGACGCUGAAACUCAUGGGUCGACCUCUCAAUUCGCGGCCAAACUGGGCAUGCAAUUUAAAAUUCCAGCUCUCAUGCUCGAGGACGUUGAGCAUCAUAUCGAAAGUAUCGGCUGCUACUCCUCUGAAAUACACUUGUAUAUCAAAUCGGCGGAGGUCUUAAAGCGCACCCACAAUGAAUUCACGGGCGUCGACCACUUUCUUCUUGUUACUUCGCACGAAGGCUGUAAUGAGGAUGGAGAGCGAAACCCGCACAUGGUAUCUGAAGCUGCACUGGAUCUUGAUAAUCACGUCAUCGUUCUCUCCGUCACUAGGGUACCCUGGAAGAGCACUUUCAAAUCGAUGACGCUCGACUUCGGUAAAAGUGACGACGAAUUUGUGCUCCGUCGACAUGGCAGAUUAGAACCUCGACAGGCAGCUGCAACAUCAUCUGUGGCGGCGACAUCGUCGGUGGCGUAUCCCGCAGCACCCUCGUCCACGCCCAACAAUUGGAAUGCAAGUGGGAGCUUCAACAAACAGUGGCUUGAUACAUCUAUUUUGCCUCCGGAUCCAUCUUUGGGGAAGCUCUCUGUCAGCGGCCCUGAAAUACCGCCCGUUGGCUUUAAUGUAAAGUGCAAAAACUGCACCAUCCAAGGGAAUAUCGAUCUCGUCGCUGGAUCUCUGACCGUGGGAGGAAUCAAUCAUGCGAGCCCUAAUACAACUCAGGGCAUCGUGAACCUUACCGAGAGUGUCAUAGACUAUGUCGAACACGGCUAUGUACAGUUCACAUCGAACAAUUUCGGUGCUUACAUUGAGCUCGAAAGCACCGUCAGCACUUCCGCGACACUCUACAACUACACGGCGCCUUUACCAACAAUUCCAUUGACGCCCUUCCAGAUCCCGGGUAUCGCGUCCGUGGGACCUGAGCUUGUGCCUUUGGUUUUCGUGGGGUUCAAACUUGAAGCUAGCAUCGAUUUCUUCUACGGCUUCGAAGUACAAAUACCGAAUGAUUCGAGCGUCCUGCUCGAUCUCAGAAACACAUCGAACUCCAGCCAAACAGGCUUCUCCAACACCAAGGUAACCGCCCUCCCCUUCCAAGCCGCCCUCCCCAACCUCGCCCUAACAGCCGUCGGCGGCUUCCAACCCCAACUCCUCCUCGGCAUCUCCUUCUUCAGCGGCAAAGGCACCGCCGGCGCCGGCCUCUUCCUCGACGCCCCCCUCCUCACCAGCACCCUCUCGACCGUCAGCCACGUGACCUCGACGUGCGAAAACGUCACCGGCAACGCCGUCGCCAACGGCAUCAUCAACGACAUCUUCGACACCCUGACCCACGUCGACGCGAGCGUGGACGUCGGACUGGGUCUCACGGCGCAGGCGGAAGUCGACGUGGGGGACUACUCGUUCAGGGACAACAAGCCGUUCAGUUUGCUCGAGACGUCGUAUGCGUUGCCGACGGCGUGUAUGAGUUUUGACGCGGGGGCGAAGAGCUACGGUCCCGCCAGCGCUACGACGUCUGCUACCGGGAGCGCGAGUGCGACCACGGGCCAUAACGGGGGCAAAAGCGGAGCAGUUGCUGGCGCCAUUAAUCCGUUUGGAGCACAGGGCGCUGGGUGGAGAGGCUUGAUGGCCGUUUCUGGACUUAUGGUUGUCGGGUGCCAAGUGCUGCGAAGCGUGCGCCAGUCCGUCGAGUUCGAGGCGCGAUCGACACAAUGGCAGAAGAAGACUUCUUCCGUGGAUCUUGUCAAAAAACUCACAACUUUGUGA